AUGAAUUUUACAUAUGUCCGUACAUUUGCAUGUUUAGUAAAUCUAUCUAUCUAUCUAUCUAUCUAUCUAUCUAUCUAUCCCAGGUUAUCAACAUUUAUCUAUUAUAUCUAUCUAUUAUCUAUCAAAAGUCUCAGUCUCAGUCUGUUCAUAUCUAUCUAUCUAUCUAUCUAUCUAUCUAUCUAUCUAUCUAUCUAUCUAUCUCCCUUUGUAUCUAUCUAUCAUCUCAGUCUGGUCAAAUCAUCAUUAUCUAUCUAUCUAUCUAUCUAUCUAUCUAUCUAUCUAUCAAAAUUUAUGUUAUAUCUAUCUAUUUCAUAUCUAUCUAUCUAUCUAUCUAUCUAUCUAUCUAUCACAGUCUACAUUAUUUAUCUUCUAUCUCAAUCUAUCUCAUCAUCAAUCUAUCUAUUAUCUGUCUCAAUCUAUCUAUCUAUCUAUCAAAAUUUAUGUUAUAUCUUACUGUCAGUCUAUCUCAGUCUGUUCAUAUCUAUCUAUCUAUCUAUCUAUCUAUCUAUCUAUCUAUCUAUCUAUCUAUCUAUCUAUCUAUCUAUCACAUCUAUCUCAUUAUCUAUCUAUCAAAAUUUCUGUUAUAUCUAUCUAUCACAGUCUAUCAUAAUGUCUUUGUUCAAUCUAUCUAUCUAUCUAUCUAUCUAUCUAUCAAAAUUUAUCUAUCUAUCUAUCUGUUCAUCAGUCUAUCUAUCAUUAUUUAUCUAUCUAUCUAUCAAAAUUUAUGUUAUAUUCUGUCAGUCUAAUCUGUCUGUUCAUAUCUAUCUAUCUAUCUAUCUAUCUAUCUAUCUAUCUAUCUAUCUAAUCAGCCUGCGGGCAUCGUAG